GCUUGUUUCAAGUAUUGUUUCAACAUUAUCUGUCUAAUAAUAUAUCUGAUUAUAUAUCUGAUCAUCAUAUGUGAAGUUUUAAAGCCAAAAGCAUUAAACUAACCUCCCUGAGUGUGUAGGAAAUUCAAAGCUGACUAAAAGCACACAGACAUCAGAGCCUCCAUUCAUCAGCGAUCAGACCUUGACUUUCUCACGGCUGGAUGCUGCAGCGUCUCUGAUCCCGUUUCCCGGGAUGGACCUCAAUUAAAACAGCAGCUGGGCCUGAAUGAGGGAAGCAGACAAAGAAAAGAACAUCAAAGCCCUUUCAUGGAGUGCAGAGUCUUAACUUCUGAUCUCAGGGAGGGAUUACUGUAAUUGGACGGCAGGGAUAGACACCUACGUCGGAGAAUCAGGAAGCGAAGAGCAUCGAGGAACGCUCCCCCUCCGGAAACCACGAGCCACGAUGGGCUGCAACAUGUGUGUGGUGAACAGGCCGGAGGAACAGUACAGGAUCAUGUUUCAGAAGGGAAACACUCUGCGUCCCAUUGAUGCAGAAGUAAAGCUCAAAGGUAGAAGAACAUCUCACCUGUCCCAGGACAAAGAUGGGCAACCUCAUGACCCUCUCCUGCUUCAGGUGGUACAUAAGGGUCACAGGAGGAGAUUGGGUGCAGUUGCUGGCCCGGCUCGGCUCAUGGAGAUCACAGACUGUGUGGACAACGGCACCCAGACCGACAUCAGCUUCCAGAACUUCCUGAAUGGGGACAGAGGGUCUUACCCGAACAGUGGAUCACCCAUGCCCCCACCCUCCCCUCCCCUCGCACAGCCGGUGGAGCCAUACCUGCUGAAUGACCUUGGUUCUCUGGGGCAAGAAUAUAGUGAUCCAAAUGACUACUUCAAUGUUGCCAACCAUGAGGUGGAUCAACAAGAGGAACUAGAAUAUGAGGAGGUGGAGCUGUAUAAGUCGAGUCAGCAGGAUAAACUGGGGCUAACAGUCUGUUACCGGACAGACGAUGAGGAAGACCAAGGCAUCUACGUUGGGGAAGUGAAUCCAAACAGCAUAGCAGCAAAAGAUGGAAGAAUCAGGAAGGGGGACAGGAUAUUACAGAUAAAUGGGAUGGAAGUGCAGAACCGAGAGGAAGCGGUGGCCAUCCUGACCCGUGAGGACAGCACCAACUUCUCAUUACUGCUGGCCAGACCAGAGAUAGAGACGGACACUCAUUUGGACCCAGAGGAGAUUGACUGUGAGUUACCUGAAGGGAUGAGUGUGGACAGCCUCAUGCUCAGCUUAGCAACCCUCAGCAACAGUCAAGAGCUCGACAGUGGUGUGGGCCGAACAGAUGAGAGCACAAAGAACGAAGAAUCCUCCGAGCAUGACAUCCUUCUGGGCGAUGAGCAGACCAGCACCUCCAACACAAAUGCCACUAACACACCUGGCAGCUUGCGCAAGUUUAGACCUGGCAGGAACGGUGGAGGAGGGAACGACACGCCAUCGCCGCUGUUCCCUCUCCGAGAGCUUCACCUUAGCACAGACUCACUGGACUGUGGAAGCGUGGGUGGUGGUUACCUUCACGAUCCCGUCAGUGGGAUGAUAAUGCCGGGCCUGACAGAAGAGGAAUGCGAGAGGUACAGGCAGCUUCUGGAAAUCAAGUGUCGCUAUGAGAAGAGGAUGAAGAAAGUGCAGCAGGUUCAAGAAGAGGAGCAGAAAGAAGGAGAGACACAAGAGGAUGCUGAGAAUAGGGAGGAGACUCUGGAUGAGAACAGUAACGAGAACCUGACUCCACAUGAGAUGGCGCUUCUGGAAGAGGAAAUGAGGCACCUUGAGUUCAAGUGCCGGAACAUUCUACGAGCACAGAAGAUGCAGCAGUUAAGAGAACGCUGUUUAAAAGCCUGGCUGAUGGAGGAAGAAACAUCAGGCCGGGCGUCUGCAGAACCUCAGGGGUCUCCAUUACAUGAGUUGUCUGACAUCAAUGAACUUCCAGAGAAGGAACGUUCGGACAAGGACAGCACCAGCGCUUACAACACCGGGGGAGAGAGCUGCAGGAGCACACCUAUGGUGAGUGAGCAUCGACUUCCAGUUUCUCAAAUCGAUGAGUCCACAAGUCCUCUGCCAAGCAGACACAGGGACCGACCAACCUGGAGUGAAAGAGGACGAGCAAGCCUCAACAGUUCAUAUUCACCAAGCAGCUACAAGAAGUUUCAGACUAACACCCCUAUGAACCAGAAAUUCUGCUCACUCACAAGAGAAGGAACCGUCCGUCGCAUGCCUGAAGGAGUGACACAGGGUGUAAAUUCUAGGGUGAGUGGCCAUAACAGGAAUGGAGGUCGUAGUGCGGAGUCAAGUCCUUACUUCACUCGUCGCCGUCAUUCCAACGGUUUCACUCCAGAACGCUACCAGAGUUGCAUGCAUCUGGGAUCCUCACUUUCUGAGAGUUCUGGACCCUUGGAUAGAGCUGUGGAAGGAGAAAGUGAGGCACCAGUGGGCGGCAGUGGCCGUGAGGGCCAUGGGAAUAGCACCUUUGAGUCGUUGCCUCACCCCAGCCCAGUGAAGCUUUCUCUGGCCUUACCUUUGCCACUUCCCCCUGCAUCACCACGCAUGGAGUGGAAGGUGAAGAUAAGAAGCGAUGGGACCCGCUAUGUGGCCAAACGUCCUGUCCGAGACCGGCUCUUAAAAGCCCGAGCUAUGAAGAUCCGUGAGGAGCGUAGCGGAAUGACGACUGAUGACGACGCAGUGAGCGAAAUGAAGAUGGGUCGCUACUGGAGCAAAGAAGAGCGUAAGCAACAUCUGCUGAGGGCCCGCGAGCAGCGCAGACGCCGAGAGUUUAUGAUGCAAAGUCGCUUGGAAUAUAUGCGAGAACACGGUCUGGAUAUGGGCAAGGAGAGCCAGUCGGAGUCCGGCCAGAACCCAGCCUCAAUCCUGGAGCUCAGUCAGAAAAAGAGCUCCAAGAAACGCAACCGACGCAUUCUGGACAACUGGAUCACCAUCCAAGAGCUACUUGCACAUGGCUCUCGCUCUCCAGACGGGACGAAGGUGUAUAAUCCUCUUCUGUCUGUUACCACAGUCUGAAAGGAUGGUGAGGAAGGACAACAGGAAGAGAAUCUAUUUUACCGAAUUAUCAAAUACUUUCUUGAACAGUUCUCAACAGUUUCAAGGGUCAUCUGUCUACAUUACUAAUAUGGCUGAGCAACAUCUAGCAACUACUGCUCAUUAAUUUCAACAAAUCAUUUUGUAACGAGUACUUGAAGUUAAAAUAUCUUAAAGUCC